UUUCAUAAACGACCAUUCAUUUGGUAUCCCCGUGUCAGAGGAGAGGAACGAGAUAAUCGGUGGAGCUUUUGCGGCGCAUGCGUGAUGUAAUUUUCCGGUAGUGCAGAAGGAAUACCAUUACGAGCCGUCGAUAAACGUGUCAUUGCAGUUUCUGCGUUGCUGGGACGGAUUCACAUCUGGUAGGCUGCCGUCCAAUCUGGCGCACACAGGUUCAGUUGGGUACGGCGCCACACUGCCAAUGAACAUUGUGAAGCCCCCAGUCACUGUACAGUGAAGCCUUCUCAUGUCUUCCUGCACUGCGUGACCAGACAAACGAGCCAUAUGCCACACAUCGUGGGCCUUUCACUCUUCCCCUUCAAAGACACGACGUUUCUGUUGGUCUAUUUGUGCUUUUCUGCGUCCAUAGCUGUAGCAAGCCGAGCACCUCACAUCAUCUUCAUCUUGGCGGACGACCUCGGCUGGAACGAUGUGAGCUACCAUGGAUGCCCACAAAUCCCAACUGGUAACAUUGAUGCCAUGGCUUGGAACGGGCUACGACUAACACAGUAUUACACGCAAACCUUAUGUUCACCUUCAAGGGCUGCCCUGAUGACAGGGCGCUACCCCAUUCGUACAGGAAUGCAGCACUCCGUGCUGGAUAACACAGAGGCAAGAGGUCUCCCGCUCGACCAAAAGCUCCUGCCCGAAUGGCUGGCCGAACUCGGGUACACAAAUUACUUGGUUGGCAAGUGGCACUUGGGAUUCUACAAGGAAGAGUACACACCUACAAGGCGUGGAUUCCAUCACCAUUUUGGAUUUUGGGGCUCCCAUAUCGACUACUACAAUCACACCGUGACUUUCCCCAAAGCGCCACAACCCUUGAAACUCGACAGUGGAAAGAGUUUGCAAACUAUCAACUGGACCACAGGCAUGGACUAUCGAAGUGGACCUCACAUAUUGUGGAAUUACACUGGUCUAUACAGCACAGACGUCUUCACAAGUGAGGCUGUUCGAAUAAUUGGAAACCACCCGGUGGAAAAGCCCUUGUUCCUGUGUCUGUCCCACGGAGCACCGCAUUCGGGAGAUAUGCGUGAUCCCCUUCAAGUACCUGACUCAUACACAUCGGACUUCAAGGACAUUGGUCAUGAGAAAAGAAUUAAGUUUGCCGGCAUGGUCAAGGCACUGGACAUCUCAGUUGGAGAAGUAUUUCAUGCCCUUGAUCGCAAAGGGAUGCUGGAAAACUCUGUCGUAGUGUUCUCUUCAGACAACGGACCAGAUUUAGAAAGAAUCAUAUCUAACUACGGAUCGGCGUGGCCACUGAGAGGACAAAAGGAAACCCCCUGGGAAGGAGGCGUGAGGAGUCCAGCAGUGGUAUGGAGUCCCCUCCUGAACACUUCCAGCAGAGUCACGUACGAUGGUCUUGUUCACAUUACGGAUUGGCUUCCAACGUUCUAUCACCUUGCUGGUGGCAAUGUCUCGAACUUGGAAAAAAUCGAUGGCGUCAACAACUGGAACGCUUUCUUGAAACUGGAGCCGCCUCAAAGAACAGAGCUCCUGGUUAAUAUUGACCAGAUUGAAGGCUAUGCUGCUAUCCGUGAUGGUAAAUUCAAACUGGUCAAGGGUGGUAUAAACAAUGGCAGAUUCGACGUCUGGUAUCCGAUCCUCGGUAAUGUGCCUUGGAGUUCGACACAACCUAGAGGUUCUUGUGAGUCUUCUGUGGUAAAGCACGUUAUAUCUAGGUUCCGAAGACAUCCUGUCUGUGGAUCCGAUUCAAGUAGCUACGCUACACCCAUUCAAUGUGGCGUCCGUUGGAGCAACAAAAGCUGUGAUGCUACAACAUCUCCGUGUUUGUUCGAUUUGUCGGUGGAUCCUUGCGAGUACAAUGACAUAUCUAAGGAACACGCUGAGGUCGUUCAAAGCCUUAUGACGAAGUUGUCCCAGUACCAAUCGGAAUCUCUGCCUCCUGGCAAUCGUGUUCCAGAUCCCAAAUCAGACCCAGUUCAUCAUGACGGGCUCUGGACAAACUGGGCCGAUAUCCCUUCCCUGCAAGAAGUGACGCCGCAGCAAUCUUCUGCAACAGAGACGUGCAGUUUCCUUUCAUCCGCUGCGUUUCUUUUUCGUGCAGUUACUGGUUUCUUUUACUGGUUGGUUCAUAUGGCUGUGGACGAAUGCUUGAUGCUUCUUUGACGGAUUUGUGCAAACUGGCAAGAGAAUCACAUCUUGUGCGGGUGGUUUAACCUUCACUAAUGAGACUCCGAGUGAAUAAGGCACCUAGUGUCUCGACCUGCAUAUAUACUGGGAGAUUGGGGUUCCAGUGGUGCUAAGAAACGUAGCCCACUACUCGAUGACACUUUUGCUUUUUUACUCAGCGUGCUCGAAGCUUGUGAAGUUAGCACAUACAGAUUCUGUAAUGGCUUGAUAGAAUUCAGUACCCAUAAAAAUGGUGCCAGGGGCAACCCAUUCUUGAGGUCCAUUGACCCAACGAUGGA